GAAUUUUCGUACCAAGUAUAUUUAUUCAGAAUUCGCUGAUUUCAUUAGAAUAACCCCAGUUGGCACAAGAUGAUCAAUCAAAGAAUGAGAGCAUCAAGGAUGAUGCUUAGGCUCAAGGGCCAGACCAGAAACAUCACCAAAACCAACUUACACAAGGCUACCAUGACCGCUACCCAAGGAUCGACCAGACCAACCCCAGCCCCAGCUUUCAACGCUGCCUCCGACAUCUCGGCUCCUUCCAAGGCCCCAGCAAUCAGCGAGCCUGCCAGGCAGGCUCCAGCCAUGGACGACUCCUUCAUUGGCUUGACUGGUGGUGAGAUCUUCCACGAAAUGAUGUUGAGACACGAUGUCGACACCGUAUUUGGAUACCCAGGUGGUGCUAUUUUACCAGUGUUCGACGCCAUCUACAACUCCGACAAGUUCAAGUUCGUCCUCCCCAGACACGAACAAGGUGCUGGUCACAUGGCUGAAGGUUACGCCAGAGUCACCGGAAAGCCAGGUGUUGUCCUUGUCACCUCAGGACCCGGUGCUACCAACGUCAUCACCCCGUUGGCUGACGCCUUGAUGGACGGUGUUCCCCUUGUUGUGUUCUCGGGCCAAGUCCCAACUACUGCUAUCGGUACCGACGCUUUCCAAGAAGCUGAUGUCAUUGGUAUCUCCAGAUCCUGUACCAAGUGGAACGUCAUGGUCAAGAAUGUUGCCGAGCUCCCAAGACGUAUCAAUGAAGCCUUUGAGAUCGCCACUUCGGGUAGACCAGGUCCUGUCCUCGUGGAUUUGCCUAAGGAUGUCACCGCCGCCAUCUUGAGACAAUCGAUCCCAAUACAUUCAACCUUGCCUUCCAACGCUUUGAGUCAACUCACCAAGAAGGCCGCCAACGAGUUCACCUUGGAAGCUAUCAGAAACUCUGCCGACUUGUUGAACUCUGCCAAGAAGCCUAUUAUCUACGCCGGUGCUGGUAUCUUGAAUCACGAAGAUGGUCCUAAAUUAUUGAAGGAAUUGGCUGACAAAGCCAACAUACCUGUCACCACCACCAUUCAAGGUUUAGGUGCAUUUGAUCAAAGAGAUCCAAAGUCCCUCGACUUCUUGGGUAUGCACGGUAAUGCCGCUGCCAACACUGCUAUCCAAACCGCCGAUCUUAUUCUUGCCCUUGGUGCCAGAUUCGAUGACAGAGUCACCCUUAAUGUUUCCAAGUUCGCUCCAGCUGCAAAGUUGGCUGCUUCUGAAAACAGAGGUGGUAUCAUUCAUUUCGAAGUGUCUCCAAAGAACAUCAACAAGGUUGUGGAAGCCACCGUUGCCGUUGAAGGUGACGUCACUGCUAACUUGAAAAAGUUCAUCCCAUUGGUUGAGUCUGUCGACAGAACUGAAUGGCUCGACCAAUGUACUGAAUGGAAGAACAAGUAUCCAUACAGUUACCAAAAAGAAACCCCAGGCUCUUUAAUCAAGCCACAGACAUUGAUUCAAGAACUUUCCAAACAAUCUCACACCUACGGUAAGGACGUUAUUGUGACCACUGGUGUUGGUCAACAUCAAAUGUGGGCCGCCCAACAUUUCACCUGGACUAAGCCAAGAACCAUGAUUACCUCUGGUGGUCUUGGUACUAUGGGUUUUGGUUUACCAGCCGCUAUUGGUGCUCAAAUUGGUAGACCAGAUGCUAUUGUUAUCGAUAUCGAUGGUGAUGCUUCUUUCAACAUGACUCUUACUGAAUUAUCCGCUGCUAUCCAAGCCAACGCUCCUGUCAAGAUCUGUGUCUUGAACAACGAGGAACAAGGUAUGGUCACUCAAUGGCAAACAUUAUUCUACGAGCACAGAUACUCCCACACCCAUCAAUCUAACCCAGACUUCAUGAAGUUGGCAGAAGCUAUGGGUAUGAAGGGUAUUAGACUCUCUACUCCAGCCGAUAUGGUUUCUGGAGUUAAGGAAUUCUUGGAUUACAACGAUGGUCCUGUUUUGAUGGAAGUUCUUGUUGAAAAGAAGGUCCCAGUCUUACCAAUGGUUCCAGCCGGACGUGCGUUGGACGACUUCAUUCUUUGGGAUGCUGAAACCGAAAGAAAAGAAAAGGAAUUAAGAAAUCAAAGAACCGGAGGUAAGCAUUAAAGCUCUCCAUAAAAUUUCAAUUCUUAUUCUACCUCUUACUUCGACUGCUGCAUAGCUUUUGCUCCUGGAUAUAUGGUCGUUUUAAGAGGAUCUUGUUAAUGCAUAG